AUGAAUAUUAAUCUGAAAUAUUUUGUACAUCUAUUAAAGUAAUAAAUUCAGAAUUUGAUUAAUUUAUAAUAAUAGUAUUAGACAAUGGAAUUAUAGAUGUUUUAAAAAAUAAAACUUAAAUACAUAAAUAUUAAUUAAGUUAAAAUAAAUAAAAUCCAAUUUUUGUAUAUGAUUGUAUUCCAAUAAUUUAAAAUAAAGAAUUAGUAAUUGCUAUUUCAACUAAUUAAUAAUCAAUAAUAAUAUUGA